ACAUCGAGACGAGCUUUCCUUGCCCGGUCUGGCGGAGUGAAAAUGGCGGACUGGGAUUCGAACGUGCUGCAGGUUUGCUGUCUUUAAUACAAGGGGAAUCGAACAGUGGAUGACGUAGGUAGCUGUCCGACACGGAGGAGCCUAUUCUCGACACAUUCCCUCAGCUCCAGACUAAGCUGCAGACCGAGAACCUCCACAGACGAAGCGGCUUGCUUCUUCCACCGGACGGGGGAUAAUUGAUAACGAAAGGACCAGUACAACGUCACACAAAACUGUCCCUGUCUUCUUCAAAGAUGUCCGACAUUCUGGUCAGAGAGUUCAGGGCCCAGCUAAACACGACUUUGGAGUCAGUCCUGAGGAGGGCUGUGUGUGAGAUAAUGAUGAUCUUUGAGGGCAACUUACAUGCCCAUCGUAUGGAGCUGGUGAAUAAAGGCGAGGAGGUGGCUCAUCUCAAAAUAAAGUUACAGAAGGCGGAGAUCAAGCUGACGGAACGUGAGUUUGGAGGUGACAGGGGAGCGGAUAUGAUUCCAACUCGGACAAAAAUAAGAGAAGGCAAUCAAAGAGAGCCUGAGGCUGUGAAGAAGCUCCAUGGACAAACUGCUGGUGUUCCUGAGAUUGAUAUUCAAGUGCCUGACGACUGGUGUGCUCCCCUGGGCGAUGAGGCCACGAACAAGCGAGAGGAUGAGUGUCCCAGUGUCCGACUUCGCAAGCUGUUGAUUCCGCUGCACCGGAUUCCAGUCAUCAAGCAAGAGGUGAUGAUCCCCACCAUUGACUCCCAGCACCAACCACGCGGUGCCAGGAGAUCCUUGAGAAGUUCCACGAUAAACAAGAAACACCAGAAAUAUCACACAAUAAUAUUACCAGUGUACAAACAAGAAAUGCAACAUGGAACAGAAACAAGCUCCAAGACGAGACAAGAGAAGAAAGAAAGACAAAAAUGCACAGUGAUGAGCAGCAAAGAGAAGAGAGAAGACACAACUGUGACCAUAGAACGGGAGACGUUGGAAAAUGCUGAGACGAUCUACACCUGCAAAAUCUGUCAGAGGAAGUUUCAUAGAGAAUACAGCCUACGUAUUCACACACGAUCACACACGAGAUGCAAAGGAUGCCACAAGAAUGUCCCUCCACGUGAUGUCACGUCUCAUAAAAGACAUUGCAAAAAACUGAAGAAAGUGUUGGCAAGAGAAGCAGAUGAAAACCUGCUGUUGAUUUACAAGAAAGACAAGCGCACUCAGAUGUACAGCUGUCCAUACUGCAAAAUAACGUCUACUUCGAGAAGCAAGUUCCUCCGUCACGUGCGCUUGCAUUUGCGCGUCAAACCAUUCUCUUGUAGUUUGUGCAAGAAGAACUACUGCAAUAAACAGUAUCUCCAAAAGCACAUGUUAAUACACCAGGCCCAAAAGAAGGCGGCUGAGAAAAAGGGAGACAUGACGUGGACCAUGCCUCUGGAAGACACCGAAGAGGCAUCGGUUUCUCCCAGCAAAGACCCGAGUAGCACCAUGACUGGUAACAAUGUUGAGGGAGGGCCCAGUCCAGGCGAUGAAGCCGAGUGGCAGAUGGAAAACAAUGGGUGUACGAACGCAUCCACACAGGAGAGAGGCUCCUCACCUGUAGAGGCUGCUCUGCAAAGUUUCGUUCCCGUCAGCAAUUAAUACUGUCACAAAAUAACGUGCAGCUAUUGUACGACACCAGUCCAGAGCGAGAAGGUAUUACCAGAAGAGCAGGAUAUACAAAGCAUUGUGUGAGGGAUUGGCCAAAGGUCUGCAAGGUUUGCAGGGAGACGGCUUCUUCAGUUAAGGGCGCCUCGGACACCACAUGCCGGGUUGCCACAGCAAAGCCAGUUAGAAUCAGUUUGGAUUGUGGCCGAUGGUGUUCUCUAUCCCUUUUAGCUGUUCAGUUUGGGGCCUAAUCGUCUGGAUCUUAAGUUGUUUUUUAUAUCCACAUGCCCAUUUCUGUCAUUUACUGUAAAACCCGUGAUAAAACCAUACUGUGCUAUCAUCUGUGUUUGUAAAUGGCUUGUCAUCAAGAUAUAGUUCUGAUGGCAAAACCUAACUUUAUUGAAAAGUUGACCAAUGACGUUCAAACCAGUUUGUAUAUUGGUGGGUGUUGGAGAGAUCUCAACAGCAAAUGUAUUUUUAUGUUGUGAUGAAGAUGAAUGGUUGCUAUAAAUUGAAAGCAUUCAGAGAACAUUGUAAAGAAAAUGUGUGUUUUUGAUACAUUUUAUGAAAACCAAUAUUGCCUUAAAGCAGAUCCACCUGUGAUGAAGUUAUUGGCUGCAACGGUCGAGUAUAUUUUUAAAACAGCCACCUUGGCAGAAGUUGCAUGGAUAAUUGCCCAGCCCUGUGUAUGGAUUUACUGUGAGUACAUAUUAAAUCAUCUAUAUGUAUUUAUCUAAAGUUUUCUUAAAGUACAGUUUAGUUGUUUACUUUAUUUAAAUCAUUGUUUCGUCAUUUCUACAGGUUUUAGCAGAAUUAGAGAAAGGACGUCAGUGACUGAGUCCGCUCAGUGUGAGAGAUGAUGUCCUUGAUUGGAGACUCUAUGUUACUAGUUAUCUUGUCUCCUGUUACUCAACAGAUAUAACAUUUCACUGUUGUGGAUUCAGAGGUUGGUUGUUUGACUUUAGAAACAACAUGGACACAAUUUCCCAUAAAUAGCCAUUGGUAUAAUUAUAAUUUUUUAUUGUCCCAGUAGUAGUUGUUGGUUAUCGAACUUAUUGUUCUAUUUUAUCUGAAAGGGGGGAAGGGGGUCAUUAUAGUGUUUGCUACAUUAAUGUGUUGUCAACAUUACCCCAAUAAAACCCAUAUAUGUAUAUACA